AUGUCGCCGGAUUCCGGCCGACUGACCGGAUCUGGCCAGAACGGUCAGAUUCCAGCAGUUCUGACAGUUUCCAGAUAUGCUUCGUACUUGUUGGUCGACCCUGGUUCCGAUGAUACGGGGAUUCAAUCCGACGGCUGCAGCUACUGUUUCCCCCUCAUCGGCGGGAAUUUCAAGUACUACGAGUCCAAGACGUACCGAGCCGUGUCUUGUGAUCAUCCCGGAACCUACACAUACUUGCACUUUGGCCCUGAUGCACAAAUAAGAGGAGAAGUACAAACAACGCCAAUGCUGCCAGGAAUUCCCAGAUACUACGUGAGCAUGUCGGGCAUCUGUCGUAGGUAUAUUAGUAGUGGGCUUAGUGUUAUGGGUACGAGCGGUUUUGCUAUUGAUUCGGGAAGCGGGCAAUCUUUUCUUGCUCUUGAUGCAUACAAUGUUGUAAAAGUUGAGAUGGUGAGGCACUUGAUGAGAUAUGGGUGGAAUCCUAUAGAGGGAGAGCGAGUGCCGUAUGAUCUUUGCUUUAGAGUCAUUUCAGCCGUGAAUCAGACGGCCUUGCCAUCUAUGACUUUUCAUUUUUUGGGAGCAGAACUUGUGGUGGAUUCUAAUUUCUAA